AUGAACGUGAUUGGCCAAACACUGGAUCAUUCUUCAACACUCCGGAUUCUGGUGGAGAAUGUGGAGUUCCUGCAGAAACCAUGUACUAUUACCCUGCUGAGAACAAAGCCAAAUUCUGAUCGAAAACAACAACCAUGGUUAAUCUUUGCAGCACAUCGCCCCCUCGGUUACUCUUCUAACUCUUGGUAUGCCAUGGAAGGGUCAUUUGAAGAGCCCAUGGGAAGGGAAAGUUUGCAAGGGCUAUGGCAGAAGUACAAAGUAGACAUUGCAUUUUAUGGUCAUGUCCAUAACUAUGAAAGAGUCUGCCCCAUUUAUCAGAACCAAUGUGUGAAUAAGGAAAAAUAUCAUUAUUCUGGCACUGUGAAUGGAACAAUUCAUGUGGUUGUUGGUGGAGGGGGGAGUCAUUUAUCAGACUUCACUGCAUCACCUCCAGUUUGGAGUAUUUUCAGGGAUAGAGACUAUGGUUUUGGAAAACUAACAGCAUUCAAUCACUCAUAUCUGUUGUUUGAGUAUCCUUCCAUGUAUAGCCGAAAGGGAUUUACGACGAUUUGCCAAUUUGCGAUCAACUUCGUCUGA